AUGCCCGUGGGAGGAGAAGAGCUGGUGGAGAAGCCUCAUGGCUGGGAGAAGCCCCACAAGUGCUUGGAAUGUGGGAAGGGUUUUAGUCGGAGCUUAGAUCUGAUCCAGCACCAGGUGAUCCACACUGGGGAGCAGCCCUAUGAGUGUGAGGAAUGUGGGAAGCGUUUCAGCUGGAGCUCCAGCUUGAGGCAGCACCAGGUCAUCCACACUGGGGAGAGGCCCUUUGAGUGUGGGGAAUGUGGGAAGAGCUUCAGGCAGAGGGGCCAGCUGAUGCAACACAAGAUGAUCCACACUGGAGACCGGCCUUAUGAGUGUGGGGAAUGUGGGAUGAGCUUCUGCCAGAAGGGGAGCCUGAUGCAACACCACAGGAUCCACACUGGGGGAAAGGCCUAUGAGUGUGUGGAAUGUGGGAAGAGCUUUAGAUACAGCUCUGGCCUGAGGAAACAUGAGAGGAUCCACACUGGGGAAAAACCCUAUGAGUGUGGGGAGUGUGGGGAGUGUGGGAAGAGCUUCAGCAUCAAGUGCCAGCUGACGGAACACCAGAAGAUCCACACUGGGGAAAAGCCCUACAAGUGUGGGGGAUGUGGGAGGAGCUUCAGAGGAAGCUCAGCAUUGAUUCGGCACCAGGUCAUCCACACGGGGGAACGGCCCUACACCUGCUUGGAAUGUGGGAAGAGCUAUGGGUGGCACUUUGACCUGAGAAAACACCAGGGCACCCACACUGGGGAGAGGCCCUACGAGUGUCCUGAGUGUGGGAAGAGGUUUCACAGGAGCUCCGAUCUCCUCAAACAUGAGCGGAUUCACACAGAGGAGAGGCCCUUCCGCUGCCCCGACUGUGGGAAGGGCUUCAAGCAAAACUCCACCCUCACCCUGCACCGGCGCAUCCACACCGGGGAGAGGCCCUGGGAGUGUGGGGAAUGUGGGAAGAGCUUCAGUGGGACCUCCGACCUCACCAAGCACCACAAGAUCCACACUGGGGAAUGGCCCUAG